UCCCUCAUUUUUUAGGGCCUUUCCCUGUUACCUUACCACAUAAACACCAAUGAACGCACUGGCUAAAAUCGCCCAAUUUAGCGUUGGCCUUCAACAACGCGCCUAUGUUUCCGUCAAGUUCAUGCGUCCCAAGAAGUUCAACAGCAUUCUUGAACAUGUACCACCACGCCCUCGUUCUGGGUGGCAGAUCUACAUUCGUGAGCACAUGAAGGAUUACAGUCCGGAAUCUGGCAAGAUCAAUGUUGCUCAGGCCACCAAGGAACUUUCCACUAAAUGGCGUGUUAUGUCAGAGACUGAUAAGCAGAAAUACGUGGACAUGUACAAAAAGGAAACCGCAGCCCAUUUUGAAGCCUACGAAAAGGCAAUGCAAACCGCUACGCCUCAGCAAAUUUAUCAUGAAAAUCUGUUGCGUAAAAAGUUCAAGUUGAAAGUAUUGCCAGAUCCCCAUGCUCCUAAACGUCCUCCUAUGAACGGUUACAUGUACUAUUUGAAAGAAAGGCGCAACGAUCCCUCGUUCAUGAAAAUGCCGUUGAUGGAACAGGCUGGUCAGGCCUCGAAAGAAUACAAGGUGCUUUCUGACAACGAUAAAAAGGGUUAUGUGGAUACGGCCAAGAAAGCGUUGGACAAGUAUCAUGCAGAAAAAAAGGAUUAUCUUGCUCGUAUGACUCAAAGCCAAUAAAGGAAAUGGACACAAAACCACAAUUACUAACA